GAAUUCGUGAUUUGUUUACUUGAAUUCAUGUCGUAUGAUCUUGUUUUUGGAUUCUGAAGUUUGAGUUUUUUGUCGAUUCGUUUUCUUCUUCUUCUUCUUCAUGUGCCUAUUUGUUUGAUUUGGGAAUUUGGGAAUCUUCGUUUCCCAAGAUUUGGUCCCCAAACUUGAUCUAUAAGUUUUCUAUGUGGCGAGCGAGUUGAAAGAUGAUGAUUUAAAAGGUGUUCUUGUUUGAGAACGUGGACUUCUUUGGACCACAUUUGACUUUUAAGGCUAUAUUUAGGAGUGCUUGUUUUGUAUAAAUGGAAAGAAUAAUGUUAUCAUCUCAGUUGUUUUAAAAGUUCGGGAUCUUUAGUUUUAAAGCAUCUAUAGACUGGUUUUCAAUCAAACUGACAAGGGAUUUGAAGGAUCUUCUGCUCCAUUGGUUAAAAUAUGGGGACAUACCUCAGCACUCCUAAAACAGACAAGUUCUCUGAAGAUGGUGAGAAUGGGAGGGUCAGAUAUGGUUUAUCAUCAAUGCAAGGGUGGCGUGCAUCAAUGGAAGAUUCUCAUGCAGCGUUGCCUGAUCUGGACCCAUCUACCUCUUUCUUUGGUGUAUAUGACGGUCAUGGAGGUAAAGUUGUUGCUAAGUUUUGUGCCAAGUAUCUUCAUCAACAAGUGCUCAAGCAUGAAGCAUAUUCUACUGGAAAUAUUGAAACUUCUGUACAAAAGGCAUUUAUCAGGAUGGAUGAUAUGAUGCGUGGACAGAGAGGGUGGAGGGAGUUAUCUGUUUUGGGGGAUAGAAUAAACAAAUUCACUGGGGUGAUAGAGGGUCUGAUAUGGUCUCCAAGAGGAGGAGAAGGAAGUCAUCAGGUGGAUGACUGGGCUUUUGAGGAGGGGCCUCAUUCUGAUUUCACAGGGCCAACAUCUGGAUGUACAGCAUGUGUUGCAAUCAUUAGGAAUAAUCAACUCAUUGUCGCGAAUGCUGGUGAUUCUCGUUGUGUAAUUUCCAGGAAGGGUGAGGCGUACAAUCUUUCUCGAGAUCACAAGCCCGGCCUUGAGAUUGAGAGAGAGAGGAUACUGAAGGCAGGUGGAUUUAUUCACUCGGGACGAGUUAAUGGCAGUCUGAAUCUUACAAGAGCUAUAGGUGAUAUGGAAUUUAAGCAGAAUAAGUUUUUGUCUGCUGAAAAGCAGAUAGUAACUGCUAAUCCUGAUGUCAACACUGUUGAGCUAUGUGAUGAUGAUGAUUUUAUUGUGCUGGCCUGUGAUGGUAUCUGGGAUUGCAUGUCAAGCCAACAAUUAGUGGAUUUCAUCCAUGAACAGUUGAACUCGGAAAGUAAACUUUCAUCGAUAUGUGAGAGAGUGUUUGACAGAUGUUUGGCACCAUCAACGACGACAGGAGAAGGAUGUGAUAACAUGACCAUGAUCUUGGUGCAGUUCAAGAAGCCAAUCCAGCCAUCUGCUGCUGCUGCAGAACCAGAUCUUGAUGGUAAGCUAAAAACUGCUGCUGCUGGAAAUGAAUCAGAUAGUUCCUGACUUCGUAGUUGUCUGUGACUAUUCUUCGGUUUCAAAGUAAAGAUAAAGUUGGUUUUGUUUUGUUUGUUUGUUGUUGUUGUUGUUAGUAGUAACGAUGAUUUGGUUAGUUUGUUUGUAUCGUGAUUUUGAGUCUUGUAAACAUCUUCCAACGACCUCAGUUCAACAACUUCAUUCUGUUCCUCGUCUUUGUUUCUAAAUUUUCAGUGAAUUUAACA